AUGAGCGACGUGACCGGCUCUUGGGCGCCAUCCUUCUCACUAGCCUUCAAGCUCCUAUGCCUGUCCAGACUCCUGGCCGCGAUAUACUCCAACAUUAGCGAUUGCGACGAGGUAUUUAACUAUUGGGAACCGACUCAUUACUUGCAGUAUGGCCUGGGCCUGCAAACGUGGGAGUACUCGCCGGUCUACGCCAUUCGAUCGUGGGCAUAUGCCCUCCUUCACUCGACAUGGGCUGGGGUGAUGGAGAUGCUGGUAUCGAAGAAUAAGCCGACAGUCUUUUACGAAACGCGCGGACUAUUGGCCAUAGCUUCUGCUACUACGGAAGCAUGUCUUGUCGAUGCUGUGGUGAAGCACGUGAAUCCGAAAGUAGGCCGCGACUUGUUCUUCAUGCUCUUCAUGAGCACCGGCUUGUUUGUGGCUUCGACAGCGUAUCUACCAUCAACAUUUGCAAUGUAUGCUGUGACGCUGGCUACUGCCGUGUCCUUGGAGAAGCCUGGGCGCCUCCGCACAUACGCGCUAGUGCUGAUAUAUGGAGUUGGGUCGCUCCUUGGUUGGCCGUUCAGCGCCGCGGCUGGGACUCCAUUUGCUGUUGAGGAGCUUUUCUUGUCCGGCCGCCGGCUCAUGCGGCUGCGACAUCUUCUUGAAGCAAUCAUUGCCACCCUGCUACUUGUGCUUGGACCUAUGGUGUUGCUGGAUUCCACGUUCUAUCGCAAGCUCGUAGUGGUGCCGUUGAACCUUGUGCUGUACAACGUCUUCAGCGGCGCGGACAAAGGCCCGGACAUCUUUGGAACGGAGCCAUGGUGGUUCUAUCUGCUCAAUGGCUCCCUGAACUUCAACGUUCUCUUCCCCAUGUACCUCCUGGCAUUGCCCCUUCAGCUCCUACCAGCAAAUGUGAUGCUAGGCAUUUUCAGUCUCCAGCCGCAUAAGGAGGAACGAUUCCUUUUCGUCGUAUAUCCGCUGAUCUGCUUUAAUGCGUCUAUCGCCUUAUUCAUUGCGCGAUCGUGGAUCCAAAACGCCGCGUCCUUCUUCACCUCACGGACCGUAGGCAGACGCGCAAGUCGCGCUUUUGCAGCCAUAUUCUUCGCCAUCUUCACGGUUCUCUCGCUCUCCCGUACCCUGGCGCUGUACUUCCACUAUCACGCGCCCCUAGAUGUAUACCCACAACUCCAUUAUCGAGUCCCAACCGGAUCUGCCACCAGCAGCAAGGAAAUCAAUCUCUGCGUCGGAAAAGAGUGGUACCGGUUCCCCUCUCACUACUUCCUCCCGGAUGGCGUGCGGUUACGGUUCCUGAAAUCCAGCUUCGAUGGGUUGCUCCCGAAAUACUUCGAAGAACAUCACCUGCUUACCCAUGUAGAGGUUACUGGCAUGAAUGAUCAGAACAUCGAGGCCAUGGACCGAUAUGUUCCAAUAGAAUCAUGCGAUUUCGUCAUAGACUACACUCCACCCAACGCACAGUUCCACCCGGACGCCGCGGAACCGUUAUACAGCUUAGACGAAGAGCAUUGGGUGAAGCACUAUUGCAAGCCGUUCCUGGACUCGGCUUCCACUGCUCGGCUUGCACGUGCGUUCUAUGUACCCGGCCUAGGGUCUAAGAGCUGGGGCGAGUAUUGUUUACUCAAACGACGGCAUGUACUGUAG